CACUUUCAGUAGAUUGUAGUUUUAUUCUAAAAUGUCAAGGAUCUUGGAUCAGAGAAGUCUGCUGUUAGUAAUUUCAUUUUUGACAAAUCUGCAGAGUACAAAGAGUACAAAGGUACUUUCAGAAUGGAAGAGGUGCGGUGAUCGGGAAUGUGAGACGGCAAUGAGCAGAGUUCAAGCCACUGCAGACUACUUAGGGCCUGACUGCCGGUAUCUUAGCUUCAAAGAAGGGGAAGAGAUAAUUGUAUACUCCAAACUUUCAAGGAAAAGUGAAAACCUGUGGACAGGAAGUAAAGGAAAGGACUUUGGAUAUUUUCCAAAAGAUGCUGUGAAGGUUGAGGAAGUUUUUAUUUCAGAGGAAGUUGAAGUGCCUACUAAGGAAACUGAUUUCCUCUGUCUUGAUGGAGACGAGUACAUUUUUGAGAACAAAGACAGUGUGUUACAUGAUCACGACAAAGAAACUGAAUAUUCAUCACCUGAUGCAGAAAAUGAACUCCUAAAAUAUACAAAAAACUCCAUGCAGGAGGAAGAAAGAGUUGAAUUAGUUUCUGAAAAUGAUUCCAAGGAAUCUCACAGUCAGGAAGAGUCUGCAAGCAAAAAGUUGCCCAGCAAAAAUGAGAAUGGAAAAGAUGCUGAACAGCCACAAACUCAAACCAGUCUCCCGUUAAAGACCAUUCGGACCCCAUCUAGUUGGAUGGUUUCUGGCAUUGCAGGAUGGUUCACCACACAACGUAAGAAAAAUGAGGAGACCACACAGGCUGUUACUGCAUCUUUAGAAGAAAAUGCUUACAUUGGCAGAAAAAUAGUAACUGCUGAAAAUGAUAUGGAAGAGCUAAGUGAUAAGGAGGAGCAAGAGCCUACAGCUUCAGGUUGGUUUCAGGGUGGACUGACAGACUUCCUCUAUUUUGGUAAAGAGGAUGUGGAUGUUGGUUCAGCAUCAGAAAAAAACAGUCCACAAAUCCAUGAUGUUUCUCAUGGGGCCAGACAUUCUGAUAAUGAACAUGAAACAGCAGUUACAAAAGCACUGACAGAAGAAGAGCAGAAGAGUGAAAGCUAUGAAUCCAAAUCAAACUGGUUUAAUUUGGGUUUAAGUGAUGUUCUAAAUUUUGGGCAAGCUGAGAAAGAUGCAGUUAUGGAAGACCAGCAACACAGAGAAAUAGAGGAUGAAGCAAAUAAAAAUGAAGAAAUAUGGACUUUAAAACAGGAAGAAUCAUACAUGGACAAAGAACCACAGGGAUCAGUUGAAGUGGUG